GGGCCUUCCGCCCGCGCCGGGCGGGAUGCGGGGCGCUCGCAGGCGGCUCUGCUCCGCCCUGAUCGUCGCGUACGGCCUCUUCUCCCUCUACGCGGCCUACACCGUGUUCCUGCGCCCGCGCCGCCCGGCCGCCCCCCGCUCGCACCGGGACCGCCACGGCCCGCCAGGUUUCACAGAUCAUGUUGCCUUGGGAAAUGAAGAGUGGAAUCCGUGGGAUGCAGAUGAGAAAAAUGAGCUGGCUGCUUCUCAGCAGAGAUAUGAAGCUAAUCUCAAAAUGAUAAAAUAUGCGAGGUCUCACCUAGAACAGACCAGUCUUAGAGUACAGAUUUGGGGCAAAGCAGCAAUUGGCCUUUACCUUUGGCAACACAUUUUUGGAGGGCACCUUGAGCCAGCUGAUGUGAUUGCACAGUGGAGAGAAGGAAGCCAAAAUGCAGGGAAAACAUACUUCAGCUUCCUGACUGGCCCCUCUGUAGUUCCCGGCUAUUUCUCGGUGGAAGCGGAGCAUGUGGUGCUGGUGCUGAACGGGAGGGAGCCGGCGAAGAUCGCCUACGCCACGCAGUGGCUGCGCUACGCACAGACCCUGAUGGAGACCCGCAAAAUCCAGCACGUGGCCGUGGUGCUGCUCGGGAACGAGCAGUGCAACAACGCCUGGAUUCAGCCAUACCUGAAACGAAACGGGGGAUUUGUCAAUCUGCUCUUUGUUACCUAUGACUACGCGUUCGUAAAUGAAGAAGAUAUUUUCCAGUGGCCUUUAGGAGUAGCUACCUACAGAAAUUUUCCAGUUGUGGAACCCAGCUGGUCAAUGCUACAUGAUCCAAGAUCAUAUCUAUGUAAUUUCUUAGGAACAGUUUAUAAGAAUUCUUCUAGAGAAACCCUCAUCGAAAUUCUGAAACAGGAUGGGCUUGACAAACUUUGCUGGAUUGCAGCCAGAGAACAAUGGCAGCCUCAAGAAACAAAUGAGAGUUUCAAGAACUAUCAAGAUGCCUUGCUGCAGAGUGAUUUGACAUUGUGCCCAGUGGGAAUAAAUACAGAAUGUUACAGAAUUUAUGAAGCUUGUUCCUAUGGAUCUCUGCCUGUUAUAGAAGAUGUAAUGACACCGGGUGAUUGCGGAAAUUCAUCAGCCUACCACAGUGCUCCAUUGCAAUUAUUAAAAACCAUGGGGGCUCCAUUUAUCUUUAUUAAAAACUGGAAAGAGCUUCCUGCUAUUCUAGAGAAAGAAAAAAAAAUGAGCUUACAAGAAAAGAUUCAAAGGAGAAAAAAGCUUUUAGAAUGGUAUCGAAACUUCAAAGCAUGGAUGAGACAAAAAUUCAUUAAUACUUUGGAAAAUUCAUUUUUGCCCAGUGAUAAAGGAUAAAUUGUCCCUUUUGAAAAUCUAGAGUAGAUGACAGUUUUAUUUCCAUUAACCUGAGGCAGCUUUUAUUUAAAAGUAACCUCACUUUAAAAAGUGCAUUCCUUUUAAAGUCAGUGGAAUUGCUCUAAGCUUGGCCAAGAGCUACAUUUGGCCCUCCAUCUUUAAUGACUUUCAGAGAGGUUGUCGACGUAAUAUGAUGGUACAAGGAUGACAACAGUUUCGUUACUAUUUUCACAAUUUUUAUGUUGCUUUGUGACCUGGUAAAAAUUUUUAAUUGUAAUAUUUAAAAAUUUUAAGGAUAAUGUCUUUGAGCAUGUGAAUUUGGUAAAAUCCAACUUAAAAAAAUCAGUUGUGUUUGAAGAAAAAAGAAUGGAGGCUGUACGGUACCGGGUAAUUUAUUAGGGAAACUAAAAAAGAAAAGUAUCAUUACAAAAUUGCCAGGUUUAGCGUAUUCUGGUAAUAUGUUCCGGAAACGUAAACUGUUUUGAAAAUGGGAGCUGUUUACUUGGUUGACAUUUCAUUUCCAGCAAAGUGACCAUAAAGCUAAAGACUGUGGAAUAAAAAUGUGUAUUUCAAGGUAAAAAUAGAGAGCUCUUUCUUGAAAAUAUUUGAUAGCAAUUUAUUUCAUCUGAAAUAUCAAAAUUACUUUCUUUCAUUUGUUUUUAGUCUUGGGCCAUACCUUUCUGUGUUUCUGCUCUUUCAUUA